AAUCUUUUCUGUCCUUCCUCUCUCCUUCUCUCUCUCUCGACUUUUUUUAAAGGGAAAUCUCACAGCAACUUCUGCGCUCUAUCCCCGCUGCUCUCUCUUCCAUGCCUCACGCGGUACACUUACCAUCUAUAUAAGCUCCAUGCUCGACCAUGCAAAAUCUCUACUCCGCCUUCGCUCCUCUUUUCUCUUGUUUCUGUCUUUCUUAGUUCUAUCUGAGUAAUCUCGCUUUUCGGUGUAACGUCAUAACAUGGUGAGGCUAGCUGAAGCUGAACAGUACGAGCGUGUGUUCCGGUGCUUCGACGAGGAUGGAGACGGUAAGCUUUCGCCUUCGGAGCUGAGGCGACACGUGGGCUUGACCGGCAGAGAGCUGCUCCUGAAGGAAGCGGAGGUCGCGGUCGAGUCGCUGGACUCAGGCGGCGACGGCCUCCUGUGCUUGGAGGACUUCGUUGGGUUCAUGGAAGGUGGGGGAGAGGAAGAGAAGAUGAGCGACUUGCGAGAGGCGUUCGGGAUGUACGUGACGGACGGGUGCGGGUUCAUCACGGCCCAGAGCCUCAAGAGGAUGCUCUCUAGGCUCGGACAGUCCAAGGCUGAGGAUGACUGCGAGGCCAUGAUACGUCAUUUCGAUCUCGAUGGAGACGGUGUGAUCAGCUUCGAUGAAUUUAAGGUCAUGAUGAUGUAGACAUUUCACUGUACAUGUAAUUAAAUUGUUCUUUGAUUUCAUAUUUAUGGAUCAUUCGUUCAUAUUGAGUUGUUCUUCUUGCUUCA